AUGGGCGCGCGCGAUUCGCCUUCUCCGUCUACUGAAAACACUGAGUUCGCGGUGUCUCCGUCGCCAGCGACCGACGAAAAUAUCGCAAAUGACAGUCAUUUGUAUAGCCCAGACAAAUCCGAGCCACCUUUCUCAAAAAACGACGAUGAGCCCGCUCAUAGCGAAGAGUCACCACAUAUCCUAGAAAAUGACGAUGAGCCCGCUCAUGGCGAAGAGUCGCCACAUAUCCUAGAAGAUGACGAUGAGCCCGCUCAUGGCGAAGAUUCGCCACAUAAAGACGAAGGGGCUGUGCCCGAGGAGGCCGAAACAUCAUCUGUGAGACUUAUCCGAUUUCCAGUUUCACGUCUGAAGACUAUAGUCAAAACUGUGCCAUCUGUACAUCUUAUUAAUUCCGAAUCGCUUGCUGUCUUGAGUCAUGCAGCGGAGAGGUUUAUUGCAGAUUUAACUCUCGAGGCUGCCCGGAUGGCCACUGAGUCGGGAAAGAAGACCGUGUCCAGAAAUUCUUUGGAUGCUGUUGUAGCCACACUCCCCCAAUAUGAAUUUCUUGAUGGAAUGUUGGAUUAA